UGUUCCCCGGAAGAAAAGGGCCGAGCCGCCCCGCGCAAGGUGGGGAGGAGGCAGCUCGCUCGCUCGCUCCUCCCCCGCUCGUGCAGGCUGGAGCCCGGGGAAAUCGCGCAUCCCCCAGCGCAGCGCAGCGCAGCGCAGGGGCUUUGCUGGGGAGACCAGACCUUGCCCCGGGCCUGGCCGGGACCAGCCCAUCAUGGCUCCUGGGGGAUUCCAGCUUCGCCGCAGCAACAGGGCCGGCCCCGGGCCCCGGCUGGUGCGGCUCUGCCUGCUCUGGGGCGCGCUCUGCAGCCCGGGCGGCGCCGGCUUCAACCUGGACACCAGAUUCCUGGUCCUGAAGCGGGGUGGGACCGACGGCAGCUUCUUCGGCUUCUCGGUGGCGCUGCACCACCAGACGGACGGGCAGGAGCGAUACCUGCUGCUGACCGGCGCGCCCCAGGACGUGGCGCCUGGGACGGAGAAUGCCACGCGGACGGGGGCCGUGUACUCCUGCCCCCUGAGUGUCUCCACGAAUGACUGCGAGCGAGUGGACAUCGAGGAGAAGAGUGAACCACGGAAGAACAUCAUUGAGGACAUGUGGCUGGGGGUGACCAUCGCUAGCCAGAGACAGCCCUCGGGGAGAGUGCUGGCCUGCGCUCACCGAUACGCCAGGGUCCUGAUGUCUGGCAACGAAGAGCAGCAUCGCAUGGUGGGGAAAUGCUACGUCCGCGGCAAUGACCUGCAGCUGGAGCUGGCUGAUGACUGGCAGACCUACCACAACGAGAUGUGCAACUCCAACACCGAGGAGACGGGCAUGUGCCAGAUGGGCACCAGCGGCGGCUUCACCGCCAACACCGUCUACUUUGGGGCGCCUGGCGCCUACAACUGGCAAGGGACGAACUACGUGCUCCAGCGAGAAAGCUGGGACCUGGUCGACUUCUCCUACCCCAACCAUAAGAACGGCAACAUCUACAUAGGCUACACGGUCCAAGCCGCCAGCGCCGUCCUGCACCGGAACCAGGUGACCCUUGUCACUGGAGCUCCCCGCCACCAGCACGCGGGCGCCGUGUACCUGCUGACGAACGUCUCCCGCAACACCCUGGAGAGGAGCCUGGUGCUGCCUGGGGAGCAGGUGGGCUCCUACUUCGGGAGCGCCAUCGCCCUGGCGGACCUCGAUAACGAUGGGUGGCAGGACCUGGUGAUUGGGGCCCCGUACUAUUUUGAGCGGAAACAUGAGGUGGGCGGCGCUGUCUACGUGUACAUGAAUGAGGCCGGCAGCUUCCAGAUCCGGCCCAGCCUGGUUCUGAAGGGACCCAGCAACUCGGCCUUCGGCUUCGCCGUGGCCAGCAUCGGGGACGUCAACCAGGACGGCUUCCAGGAUAUCGCCAUCGGGGCUCCCUUCGAGGGCCCGGGCAAGGUCUACAUCUACCACAGCAGCUCAGGGGGGCUGGUGGCCAAGCCCCGGCAGGUGAUCAGCGGGGCAGAGCUGGGCCCAUCCGGCAUCCAGACCUUCGGGUACUCCCUGAGUGGGGGGCUGGACGUAGACGGAAAUUCCUACCCCGAUCUGCUGGUGGGGAGCUUGUCAGAGCAGAUAGCUCUGCUCAGAGCUCGACCUGUGAUCAACAUCCUGAACAAAACCUUCACGGUGAUCCCCAGCGUGGUGGACCCGGCCAAGUGCACCCCAAACUCCUGCAUCCAGGUGCAGAUCUGCUUCUCCUACAACCAGAGUGCUGGGGACCCCAAGUACAAGGAGCAAAUCAACUUGCUGUACACCCUGGAGGCUGACAAAGACCGGCGCCCGGCCCGGGUGAGGUUUGCUGGGACGCACUCCGCUCUUUACAAGGGCGUCUUCGCCAUGCCAGCCACCAAGUGCCAUGACCUGCAGCUCCUCCUGCUGGAGAACAUCCGGGACAAGAUGCAUCCCAUAGCGCUGCACAUGAACUACGCCCUGGAGGAGAAGACCAGGCGCUUCCAGCUGGGGCCCCGCUCCCUCAACGCCUUCCCCGUCCUGAAUGAGGAUCAGCCCCGGGAGAACCACACCGAGAUUAACUUCCAGAAAGAAUGCGGCCUGGACAACAAGUGUAACAGCAACCUGCAGCUGCAGUGCGCCUUCGUCAACGAGCAGAACCAGCCGCUGCCCCGGCUGAACGGGACCCAGGUGCUGCAGUACAGCCGGGACGUCAGGAAGCUGCACCUGAGCGUCAACGUCACCAACGCCCCCUCGACGAGCACCAACGGCGAGGACGCCCACGAGGCCCUGCUCAACAUCACCGUGCCCCCUGCCCUGCUGCCCUCCUCCGUCCGGCCCAGUGGCGCCUGCACCUUUGAGGAGACGGUGCUGUGUGACCUGGGAAACCCCUUCAAGAAGAACCAGAGGGCAGAGCUGAUCAUCACCUUCGAAGCCAUCAACAUCACCCUGGACACCCGCGAGGUCAUGGCCCAGCUCCAGCUCUCCACGCUGAGUUACCAGGAGGAUCUGCAGCCAGUGUGGGCCGAGCUGCUCGUGGACUACACCGUCCAGGCGUCUCUCACCAUGACGUCCCGGCCCCUCCAGACGUCCUUCAGCGGGAAGGUGAUGGGGGAGUCGGCCAUGAAGAGCGAGCUGGAUGUGGGGAGCCCGGUCAGGUUCGAUUUCCAGGUGAGCACCAAGGGGGAGUCUCUGGGCUCGCUGGGCACCAUCGUCCUGGGCUUCGAGUGGCCCUACGAAAUCCACAACGGCAAAUGGCUGCUGUACCCCACGGAGAUCCUCGUGAGCGGCAAGGGGAGCUGGCGCUGCCGGCCACCGGGGGGCGUCAUCAACCCCCUCAACCUCACCCUCCUGGAUGGUGGCGCCUCCGCCCGGCAGAAGCGCGACCUGGAGGCGGCGCUGCAGACCCACCCCCCCGUCACCCUCGCUGCCUCCAAGAAAGCCAAGUCGGAAACGCUGCUGAGCUGCUCCAAGGGGACGUCCCACUGCAUCUGGUUCCAGUGCCCCAUCCGGGACGCCAGGCACGUAACGAACGUCAGCGUCCGAGCACGGGUGUGGAACAGCACCUUCAUCGAGGAGUUCAGUGACUUCGACCGUGUCAAGGUGACGGGGCUGGCGACGCUGUUCCUCAAGACGAACGUUCCCACCGUCAACAUGAAGAACCACACGGUGCAGUUCUUCGUGGACAUCGACUCGGAGCUGGUCGAGGAGCAGCCGGCGGAGAUCGAGCUGUGGCUGGUGCUUGUGGCGGUAGGGGCAGGGCUGCUGCUGCUGGGGCUGAUCAUCCUGCUGCUGUGGAAGUGCGACUUCUUCAAGCGGACCCGCUAUUACCGGGUCAUGCCCAAGUACCACGCGGUGCGGAUCCGCCAGGAGGAGCGCUACCGGCCUGCUGACGGCUUCCUGCCCCGGAAGCACAAGAAACACUGGGUAACAAACUGGCAGGAGUCGGAGAAGUACUACUGACCCCUCCCUCCCCGUCCCGCCACCCCGUCUGCUCGGCUUGCUCCUGUGACCACGUCGCUGCUGGGUGUAAAUAGCCCAGGGACCAGCCCCCUGCCAGCGAGGGACAUGUUAUUUAUGCUACGUUAUACAACCGCAUAGAACGGCAACCCCAACGCUUUCUCGAGGGGCUGGGAGAAAGCUACACAUCCUGGGGAGCAGCCGUGCAACACGAGACCCGGCAGUGGGAACACGAGGGGCUUUUUGUUUUGCACAAAUGGAUUAUUUCACACAUAUAGACACACUCUUCUACCUGGGCACAAUUGCUGUGUGUUCUGUCUGGGCCCCAGCCCUCACCCAGCUCUCGCGCUCUCUGUCACGCUCACCUGUACGGCAAAGUGCCUCCUUACGCACAGACAGCGUGUGGUCUCGCACAACCCCGCUGCAUCUCGGCUGUGCCCUUGUGCACGCACGGGUGGGUCUUACCCGAUGCUCUUGGGUGCACAGAGCAAUGUUUUGCCUGCCCUUUCCACACACCCCCCGUGCGCGCACACGUGCGGAGAUGAUCUCUUGUGCAAUCAAGUCCCCGCACACACUUGGAAGCUUACGGCAUUUUGCUGUGGGUUGUGCCAAGACCCCGAGCCGCCCACGAGCCACAUGGCUUCCCCUCCACCCCCGUCCCACGCUUGCACGCAGAUGACUAGUGUACGGUGCCCAGCCUCCCGCUUCAACUCUUUGCACACGGACGCUCCUCCUCCUCCUGGAUCCGUCUGCACGCACGGCCACUCGUGCACGAACUCACUUGCACCGAUUCACGCGUGUGGUGGCGGACGCAGCACACAGACGCUCACCCUGACCCGGGCGCUCCUUGGUGCACAUUCAUGGUCGCCGCUGCUUCCCGGCACACGCCCGCGCUCAGCCUCUGGCAGGUUGCUCCCUGUUAAGCCCUGACCCUGGCAUUCUGCACCUGGACAGAAGAGGGGAAGUGGCUCCAAUACUCGGAACCCCCUGCCCCUGCCAAGGCAACGCCUCUCAGCCUCAUCACGGCCCCCUCUGUGCGCCGCACUGGACACUGGAUGUUUUGCCACUGGAGUUUCUUCUGUGAGUGCUACUGGUACCUUUCCCUGCUUGUCCCCUGGCCGUUCUUUGGUGGAGCGGGGAGCAGCUGUUCUCCGGGGGAGCCGCUUGUUCCUGGGGUGCGGCUCACGGAGAGCCAUGCUUUUGGUCUGGGAAGGGUGGACGUUGUGGGGGGAGGCAGGGGCAGGUUUUGUCAUCGCCGCGGGAUGGUCCCUCCCCAUCGCCUUGCAAGCAGCAGGUCUCGGCUCCCCUUCAAGGAUGGGACAGGUAAGGGCUCUUUUCGCCCGGGGCUUUGCUGUGUAACCAGCCUGAUCCUUACUGAAUCCUCUGAAGGAACAGACUCUGGGCCCCGUGAGCCCCAACUCUCACCCCCCACCCCCACCCCGAGGCUGCAGGCUGGGAUCUCGCUUUGAGCCUUAAAACGCAGGGGCUGAUUUGAAUCUACCGCAGCCUUGAUCCCUGUGGGGCGUUAUGCCUCACCCGCUGCCCUACCCCUCCCGUUAGCCCUGCUGGAGCCGAUGCAGCGACAGGAGAAUCGGCUCGGAGUCCUGCUGAACCUGCCCGUGGCUAGGGAGGUGCUAAGUGGGGGGAGCCUCCCGGCUCUUUGUAGCUGCAGCACCAGCCUCCGCCCCUUCGUGCUCCCCACUUUCUGGUGGCUGGAUCUGCUUAAGCCUAGAGCCGGUGGUCCCCUCUCCAGCUUCUCCUAGGGAGCAGCACAGGGCCUGACCCCAAGGGUCCUACAACAGGAAAGGCCUGGCCUGGGAUGCUGUCCCAGAGUUAACGCUGAUCCUGCCACUGCGUCGCUGUUUAGCUGCGAGACGCCACCUGGGUCCUGCCCCGGUCAGCGCGCUGCUGCCCCCACGUGGCACCCUCGGCUUGCUGCAGGCAUCACCGGGCCUCCCUUUCCCAUCCCAGCCGUGCAGCUGAGUUUUCGUGCUAUAGCUCCGUCGGCUGGAACGUUCCAUUCCCAGCACGCCCUAGCCGCUGGCCACGGUCCGCUGCCGCGCUCUUGCUGGGGGACAUUCUUGCAGGCAUCACACAAUGCUUUAAUGGGGGGGUGUCACCCUGGUUUACAAUAAUGGAGCCUGCAAGACUGACGGUUUCCUACGCUGACCACUCUCUGACACUCCCUCGGUGCCCUCGGCUGGGGGUAUUAAAUUAUUAAGCGUGUAUUUGGGGUUGGGUUGUUGUUUUUUUUGCUGUUGAUCACUGGAGUUCGUUUCUUUUAUGGUACUGGAGGUCUGGAGUCACUGCGCCUUGAUGUGAAUAUGCUUGAGCAGUUAUGAUGGUGUCAAAUAAAAAUUGCUCCUUGAUUUGUAA